AAUUGCGAAUUUUCCGUUCUUACGCAAGUGCACUUAUUGGCGAACAAGUAAUCGCUGAUAAGAUACCAGAGUUCAAAUAGGAAUCUUGCAUUUAUAGUUAGAAUUAGUGUUGUUAAUUUCUGUAAAUGCUAUAGAACUAAAUAAUUCAGUACCAAACGUGAUGAGAUGUAUUCGGAUCCCGAUAAUAGCAUUGCUGUGCAUGAGGUAAGCUAAUCGGAAAAAGCGGGAAAAUGGCUUCGUCUCAACAAAUUGAGGAAUUCAACAGUGAUUUCAGCUUGUGCAGAAUUGACGAUCAACAGGAAACUGCGCGUGACGAUAUAAGGAGUCGAUUGAAACUUUUGAAUAUACAUUUCAAUUGGAGUCUUCACCAAACAAGACCUGAUGGCCCUAAAUCUGAAAUACUUGUUUCUGAAUUGAAGAGGAAGUUGAAAGAGAUGUUGGACUCCAGUAACUCAGAAUUCACAUUUCAAUCUUUUUGUUGUCAGUUGACAAUGGCUCAAGAACUGAUAAAAUAUGACACUGCUAGUGCACUGGAGAAGGUGUUGGAAUGUGAGCCGUGGGUGAUGAGUCUCAAAAGUGACACCUGUCAAGAAAAUGAGUUCUUUUCUAUCCGAGAAGCCGUGGAAUACAUUUAUAUAGGUUGCAAAGCGUUUGUAUUAUUCACGAGUGGAUAUAUUGUAGAAGCGGAAAAGGUGCUUUCAAAAAUUCCUGACUUAGAGAACAUGGAAGAAAUACAAAAAUCGGGAAUAUAUGCUGUGAAAGCUUGUGCUUUCAUGCAAUAUGGCCUGCCAGGAUUUGAGAAAGCUUUGGAGUACAUUAGCAUCGCUAGAUCAAAGCAUCCAAAAAUGGCUGAAUGGCAUUUUCUGACAGGGAAGCUCAUGACAAGAAUUCGACACAUUAAACGUUAUUAUACCGUUGUCGAAUCAAUUGAUGCAGAAGAAAAGUUCUAUCGAACCGCUUAUGAGCUGGAUAGGAAUGAACCCAGCUAUGCGUUGUACGUGGCUCAAAUCACCCGUGAAAAAGCAUGUAGAUUGUUUCAUGAAUGUCGCUACGAUAGAGAAGCUCAAAAAAAUUCAUUGGUAUACAUAAAUAGAAUGCACGAGGAAUCAUUAUCGUUAUACACGGAACUGAUUGAGACUUAUCAAAAUGAUUCUUUCAUACUGGGUCGAUGUGCAUUUGGCAUAGUGAAACUUCCCUGGCCAUACAAACGCCUUGAUUUGGCAGUGAAUGCUAUUGAGCAGGCUUUGAAAAUAUCUCCUGAGAAUCCUCUAAUUAAUCAUUAUGCUGGAUUGAUUUAUCAUCGCAACCUGAAGGAUGAUGCAAAGGGAUUGAAAUAUUUUGCACGAGCUGCUAAUAAAGGCAAUUAUGCUGCACUGAUGGAUUUCUUGAGGUUGAAACUCCUGCUCGAUCCAAAAAAUUAUGAUCCACUUCCUGAACUGAACAAAGCAUUGGAGUACACCGAUUUCAUUCCAUUAACAUUGAGUGAAAUCGGUUCCUGGUAUUUCUUUAAAAAACUGAACAUCUUCAGUGCAUGGGAUCAUCUACAGAAAAUUACAGACGAUCAUUAUAUCAGAAAUUACAGGUCCGUCAUCCAGAACAUGAAAUACAAUUGCAACAUGUAUGAAGUGAUAUUCGAUGAAGUUAAACUAAUGAUAGCUGAAUGCAAAUACAAAGACAAACAAGAAAGGGAGAAGCUGAUGUCAAUUCAUGAACAAUUGCAGAUACUUUGUCCCCAAUCACACUCAACGAGCUACGUCGGUCUGAAAUCAAUGAUUAUGAAUAAUAAGGACUCUAAUAGUUUGCAUUUCAGCCAGAGAGGCUCUGGAAAUGGAAGAAUGAGGCCUGAUACACAAGCAUGUGGCAAGGGUGAAUCAGCUGGAAACUGGCGAUCAAGCACAGGUAAUAUCAACAGACUAGUUUGCAACAGUUUGAGCAUUCACAGGGAAGGAAAAACAUAUCAAUGGAGGAAAAAUGACCCAAAAUAUCACGAGAUAUCUCUUAGGAACAAUCAGGGGAGUCUGAAUUGUAGCAGAGAUUCAAUACACAUCCAUAAAUAUCAGAGAACCAAUGUCUUCGCCUGCAAAACCAGUGAUCCACAUUCAUGGAGGACAACUUCUACGAGGAAUGUUUCUCCUUCUGAAGACCAACAAUAAUCAUCAAAUAGAAAACAAAAAAUUCAUGAUUGGCCCCUUUGUGUUCUAAGGAAUAGAUCACAAGCUGCUAGCUUUCUCAAUCACCUACAGACUAAGCUCUCAAAUAUUCAUAUGUGUGUAUAUCUACACAUAAUCACUAAACAAAUUCAUUUUUUGUUGAGAGCUAAUCACGAUGACGUCUAUGGAAGUAAUAAGCUCCUGGAAGCUUACAAUGUGGAGCACACAUAUCAUAGAAAUUUAAUAUUAUGAAUAUAUAUUUCUAUAAAAAAUUGAAUUCAAAA